UUCUCUCUCUCCUUCACACAUAUGCACGCACUUUGAUUGAGAGCCUCUGGAGGAUGACAUCUUCCCUCCACGCUCCAUCCUAUCUGCGACGUACGUGCGCGUGGAUCCGCCCACGAGGCGCGUGCGCGACGUCAUCAGAGGAGAGAGAGAGAGCGGGGAGAGCGCCGCGCCUCCGCUCACGAGCCGCAUCUCGCCGUCUCCGGUUGCCAGGAGGCGGACGAGCCAGCUCGGGAAUGUUCCGGAGCAGCCACGGACGGCCGCAGCCCAACGCCGCGUUACGCUAGCGGAAUCCGAGGAGUUACCCGGAGGCGGAAAGUUUACCCCCCAUGGCGCUGGUGAUGGAGCCGGUCAGCAAGUGGACGGCGAGUCAGGUGGUGGACUGGAUGAAAGGCUUGGACGACUGCCUGCAGCAGUAUGUGUGCGUGUUCGAGCGCGGCGGCGUGUGCGGCGAGCGACUGCUGCGGAUCAGCCACGCCGAGUUAGAAGACUUGGGGGUGUCCCGCAUCGGGCACCAGGAGCUCAUCCUGGAGGCCGUCGACCUGCUCUGUGCGCUGAACUCGGGCCUGGAGACGGAGAGCGUCAGGACGCUGGCUCACAAACUGGGCGCCUCGGCCAAAAACUUGCAGAACUUCAUAUCGGGCCGGCGCCGAAGCAGUCAGUCGGAGAGCAGGACGUCAAGGAGGCUCCCCAACGACCUACUCACCUCCGUGGUGGACCUCAUCACAGCCGCUAAGAGCUUGCUAGCAUGGUUAGACAGGUCUCCUUUUGCUACGGUGGCAGACUAUUCGGUAACCCGGAAUAAUGUCAUCCAGCUCUGCCUGGAGCUCACCACCAUUGUGCAGCAGGACUGUACGGUGUUCGAGACUGAGAAUAAAAUCCUGCAUGUGUGCAAGACUUUAUCUGAGGUGUGCGAGCACAUCGUUUGCGUGUCGUCAGACCCGGUGGUUUCUCAGUCGGCCCACUUGGAGCUGGUCCACCUCACCAACGUGAAAGCAUCCGAAGGCCUGGGAAUGUACAUCAAGUCGACUUACGACGGCCUUCACGUUAUCACCGGAACGACGGAAGGGUCUCCGGCCGACCGCUGUAAGAAGAUCCACGCGGGAGAUGAAGUCAUUCAAGUCAAUCAUCAGACCGUGGUGGGCUGGCAGCUCCGCAACCUGGUGGGUUCCCUGCGGGCCGACAAGGGCGUGGUGUCCCUGACGCUGAAGAAACGCCCGCAGAGCACCCUCAGCUCAGCCCCGGCUCUGCUCAAGAACAUGCGCUGGAAGCCGCUAGCCCUGCAGCCAACCAGAAGCCCGGGCAGCAGCUCGGCCACGCCGUCAGGCACCCCUACCAAGACAUCCGCCCUCCAAGACCUUUAUAUUCCACCUCCGCCCAUGGAGCCAUACGCGCCAAGGGACGAGACAAACACCUCGUCCGGAGAAGAGGCGUCUCGCAGCCACAGCGGCGUGGCCAAGCGAUCCGACUCGCCCAACUCUUUCCUGGAUCAAGAAUCCCGGCGGCGGGAAGACGACGAGCCUGUUUACUGCACCACGCCGACAUACGGCAGGCUCAGGCCAAUCUCCAUGCCAGUGGAGUGCAACUGGGGGGGCGACUAUGAAGACCCCGCCAAGCUUCACCGAGAAAGCCACCGAGAGGCAACGCUGAUGCGCUACGUAGGCCUGACGGGUGUCGACGAGCGGCCCGUCUCCGACGACUACGCCUCCCAUACUGCGCGUCCGGGCAAGCGCACCAACGACACGGCCAAACGUGCGAAAAGGCGGAGCCACCACAGCCAGAGCCCUUCCCACUACAUUCUCCAAGCCAAUCAGAGAGAGUCGCCACCGAGAGACGCCGCCUCCAUUUACCAUACAUAUCAACAGGCCUCCUCGUUGCAGACAAAGACCAGGAAGAAAUAUAAAGGACGAAGUUUAGCAGGUCUGAGUCGCCGUCGAGUUUCCUGCAAGGCACUGGGUCGAGGUGAUUGCGAAGGCUGGCUGUGGCGCAAAAGAGAUGCCAAGGGUUACUUUUCUCAUAAAUGGAAGAAGUACUGGUUCGUCCUGAAGGACAACUGCCUUUACUGGUACAUCAACGAAGAGGACGAAAAAGCAGAGGGCUUCGUCAGUCUUCCAGAAUUUAAAAUCGACCGUGCCAGCGAAUGCCGAAAAAAGUUUGCUUUCAAAGCGUGCCACCCAAAAGUCAAGAGCUUCUUUUUUGCGGCGGACGGCGUAGAUGACAUGAACAGAUGGCUGAGUCGACUCAACAUGGCUGCCGUGGGCUACGCAGAGCGGGAAAGGAUUCGCCAAGAGCAAGAUUACUGGAGUGAGAGCGAACACGAGGACGAGGCUCCAUCAAGCCCCAAACAGGACAGCCCCCCACCCCCAUACGAUACGUACCCGCGCCCCCCGUCGAUGAGCACUUACACCGAAGGCCGAACGACGCGACUGUCUUCCACCGAGACGUCGCGAUCCCGCUCGUCCCAGGAAGACUUCCUUUGCGGCGAACCCUCUGCCGCUGAGCCGCAGUACCACCCGUGCCCCGUGGGGGGCGGCACCGUGCACAGUGGCAGGAGGCCGGGCGGCAGCAACAGCAGUGACGUGGCGUUCCGAUGUGACCCAGUGGAGUACCGCUCCAGUCCAGCAGGGGGCAGCAGCGAGACUGGCUCGCCGGGACGCUCGUCGUCGUCACAGAGACGCUCGUGGCAGGACUUGAUCGAGACGCCGCUGACGGAAGCCGGGCUGCACUACUUGCAGACAGGACCGCUCGAAGAUGCCGUCUUUGUCGAGCCCUUUCCGCCUGUGCCGAUGCCCAUGUCUGCCGGCGCCGUCUACACGCUCCCCGCUCCAAGGAGUGUCCCUUUGCCCGCGGCAAUGCAGCGACUGGUUCCCGCGCCGACCGAAGGCGGGAAACCCCGCAGUUACACGUUGCCACGUGACAGCAACCUCCACACAUUGCUAGCGCCGCCUGCCAGGGAGGAGCGACGCCCGCACGGCGGUGGCAGCGAGGGCGCGUCGCUAGGCGACCUGUUCCGUGCAUGCGAGCAGGGCGGCGUGAGUCCGCUGGGCCGGGAGGCGGAAACCAAAGGCCAAUCUGAGUUCAGGCAGUCCUUCCUGCGGCGGACCGCCGACCCGCAGCUCAACGAUCGGCUGCACCGGCUGCGCAUCCUCAACUCCACGUUGAAGGACAGAGAGGGGGAGCUAGCGCUGAUUGACAGGCUCUUGGCCCACCCACAGCUGUCGUCCGCAGAGUUCCAGGAGUGGAAGCGAGCUUAUCAAGAGCUCUUCUCGCAGGCGCCCGACGAGGACCGACCCGAGGCCGAACCUGAGCCCGAGCCACCCACCACGCCCUCGCUAGCCCACACUCACUCUUAUAUCGAGACGCACGUCUGAUAAUCGCAAAAUUGAGGUCAUACGGAACUUGAAAGUCUGUAUUUCGGCGCAAGUUGAAAACGGGAAGCGGUCAUUUUGAGAAACUCAAGAGUUAACAAACUCAACUGUAGAAAGGAAUAUUGUGUCGCAAUGUUCAUAUUCUCACAUUUUUACUGCCGCAUCCUCCGUUAUUUGCUGAAAAGCCAAAUAUUAUAUUAUUACUUGGCGCCAUCUUCUGGAAUCUUGGUGCUAAAGAAUGAUUUCUGGAAAAACACUGGACUUUCGUGGAUGUUAAGUAUUGCUUUGGCGCCAUCUUCUGGCAUCUUGGUGUCAAGGAAUGAGUUGUGGAAAAACACUGUACCCUUCCUGGGGCUGUUUUGACCAUUUUUCACGUACUGCUUGCAUAUAAAAUCUCUAAAUCAGCGCUGUCAAACUCAUUAGGAAUGCACAUUUGAAAAAAAAUAAGUAUAAUAAAAAUGCUUGCAAUAUUUCAUCAUUUUAUAACUGAUGACAAUCUGCAAUUUUGCUAUUCUUGCGGUUUGCUUUUGUGGACCACCCAAAAAUAUACACUGGACCAAAUCUAUCCCGCGGACCUUGACUUUGACACCUUGAAAUGUUGAUGAAAUGGAAUUCCCACACAGUAAAGAGUGAUAAUUACAGUAAUUUAUACUGCAACUGCAAAGUAGUGUAUAAUACUAUUUAUUUUCCUUGUUGAAAUAUGUAUGCUGUAACUUAUGUAAUUAAAAAUGAAGUACUGUACUUAUACGAUACACUCAAGCACAAUUUAGACACCCGCGCUUUCCAUGACGCUUGUAGUGAUUUGUAAUAUGUCCUUGUUGUAAAUAGAAAUAUUAGCAGUUAUGAGCCAUUUUUGUGUUAAAAAGCGUUUAGAUGAAAACAUUUUCGAAAGUGUCUUGGCUGAUGUUAUUUAUCUGGGUGUCAAAAUUGUUUCCUGUUGAAGUUCUAUAUUAUGAUUAAAAGAAUAAUUCUUUAUGUUUAUGGUCUGUUGGAUCAAUAAAGUUUGGUUGUUUUGAU